CGCGCCUACAGUGGUGGAAUCGAACGUCCCCGAGCGCACACGGCGUAUAGGAGAGUACGGCGCACGAGUCUCUGGAAGGAAGAUAACGGUUUCUUUUUUUGCCCCCGCUCCACUCAAACAAGAAGAACAAACCAAACCUGCAUUUUAGGGGGGUUUACAGAGUCUUCUCAGUACAAGGAGGGAAGCGAAGGAUUGGAGCCGCAAGUUUUUUUUUUCUUUUUCGUUUUUUUCUCCUUUUUCCUAAAAGAGGGAUUCUGUGUUUCACUGUGGUUUGUUCUCCGCUCUCGCCGCAAAGAUGAUGGUCGGAGAGGUCGAAGUGAAGGAGCGACCGAGGCCGAGUCCCGACUAUUUGAUGCAAUUAUUAAACGAGAAGAAGCUCAUGACCAGCUUGCCAAAUCUCUGCGGCAUCUUCACACACCUGGAACGGCUUCUUGAUGAAGAGAUCAACAGAGUGCGCAAAGACAUGUACAGCGACACAGUGAAUGGCCUUGUGGAAAGACAUCCUAUGGAGCUGCCCGAGCCCCUCGGACCCAUCGUCCACCAGCAGGAAAAGCUGUUUGUGCCUGUCAAAGAGUACCCUGACUAUAACUUUGUGGGGAGAAUCCUUGGCCCUCGUGGACUCACAGCCAAACAGUUGGAAGCAGAGACGGGAUGCAAAAUCAUGGUGCGAGGCAAAAGCUCCAUGAGAGACAAGAAGAAGGAAGAGCAGAACAGAGGGAAGCCAAACUGGGAACACUUAAACGAAGACCUUCAUGUCCUGAUCACAGUGGAAGACACACAGGGCAGAGCUGAGAUGAAGAUGAGGAGAGCGGUGGAGGAGGUCAAGAAGCUCCUCGUACCUGCUGCGGAGGGAGAAGACAAUUUGAAGAAGAUGCAGCUGAUGGAGCUGGCCAUUCUCAAUGGGACAUACAGGGACAACAACAUCAAAACACCCACCCUUGCAUUCUCUCUUGCAGCGGCGGCAGCAGCCGCUCAAGGCCAACGUCUCAUAACCUCCACGGGUCAGGUGUUGCCUCCCCAGGGGCUCCGGCCCCAAACACCCGGUGGGGGCCAAAUCAUGAACCUCAUCCGGCAACCUCAAAUGGCUGCCAUGAUGUCCAAUGGCACCCCCACUCUGGUGCCUCCCUCACCGGAUGGUGGGCUUAUCUACACCACCCCUUACGAUUACCCUUACGCCCUUGCACCCACCUCCCUGCUGGAGUACCCCAUCGAUCACAGUGGGGUUCUAGGUAAGAGAGCCUGGGCUAGCAUGGGUCCAGCAGGUGCCAACUUUGGCCAGCCUGGACACGAGGGCAGCUUUUUUUACCCCGGAGCGGGGAUGCUGGACGCGGCUGCCAUGAGCCACAGUCAGGACUUAUUGAAAGGUGCAAUGGCUUCUAAAGUGAGACGGCAUGACACGCGGGUCCAUCCUUACCAAAGGAUUGUGACCGCUGACAGAGCCGCCACCGGCAACUAACACAUGACCUUCUGACCUCUGAACUCUUCACCCAAUGACGAGCCGCCCCAAGCCUGCCUGCUGAUCAGUUAACUGGUAAUUGCCUUUUGCUAGCCUCUCGGACGCAAGUGAGAGAGAGAGAGAGAGAGAGAGAGAGAGAGGGAGGCGCCUGCCCAUACAGUUACCCUAACACUGACAACACAUAGAAACCAACGCAGAAUCUUCACAGAAACACAACAAACCCAACAGUUGUGUAAUAUUCAUUUUUUCCCUCUGUUCAUUGAGUUCAAUUCCCAUUCUUUCUCUUUCUUUUUCUUCAUGAAUCAUAUAGUGGGUGGAUGUGUUUGUGAUAUUACCCAUAAAUCUGCACUGAAUUAUAUAGCAAUAAAGACCCCCACCCCACCUGCCCGCCCACCCUCCUUUUAAUCACUCUAAUUUGGUGACCUCACUUGUUUGAAUCAAAGUUCAAUGAACCAAUCUAUUUGAUGCAAACCGUUUGGUUUCAGAGUAAUGACAUCACCCUCCCUCUAAACAGAAACACCCUUAAAAGCCCCCCUUCCUGCCCCACCCUGUCCCAACACCCACCUAUAAGGAGAGAAAAAGAAACAGAAGGAAAGAGAGCACACACUCACAUUAACUUGUUUAAUUUCUGUCAUUUUUCACAUGUAGUGCAGUUGUUGAGCUCUAAAAUGUAAUUGAGCUGACACAUUCUGGGUGUGCCCCUCCGAACAGCUUCCUGUCUGUUUUUAAAAAGCAUGGCUGAAAUGAUUGCAAAAAGAGCUUUUUAUGAUUUAUGUGUUUUUCUUGUCUCUUUUAUUUUCAUUUUUUUUUUUUUUCACUUGAUUUUGGUUUCUCUGUUGUUCAAAUUUGACUAAUUAGCUUUGCCUGAAAUUGACAAGCCAAAAUGAUGCAGGUGGUUUCCUCUGGAAAACAAAAAGCAAUCUUAUGUUUGAAGCAGGCAGCAGUAAUAAGAUAUGAGGAGGGGCAUGAUGGGAAUGUCACUAGUUGGGCUGAUGGGUCUGUGUGUGUGUGUCUUUAAUUAAUACUACAAUGAAAGUAGGGUGUGCUGAGGCUUCGGGGACUUUGGAGCAGAGCUUAUUAGCUACUGACCAUCGCUACGCCCCCAUCCACACUACAUCCAUUAUACAGUGCCUGAUGUAUUUAGAAAAAUAUCUCAAUGAGUUAGCUGAGCUGUGAUUGAAAAGACAAAAAAAGUAUUAAGUGUGCAUAUUUAGCCAAAGGGUUUUCCAAUUAAUUAUAUAUCUGCAAUUAUGCAUCUGCCUCACAGAGGGCCUCUCUUGUGGUUUCAGAGUUAGGAAGGUGUGAGUUUGUGGUGCCUGCCUUCAGCUGGAGCUCACAGCCAGUCAGUCAGAGGAGUUUUGACCCAUUAAUGCUAUUUUUUUCUGAGGAGGUGAACGCAGGCAAUUAACACUAAAUCAACACGCUACCCAAUUACAGUACAUUGCUAGGGGGAAGGGCACUUUGAAGUUCUGUACAUAAAUGCUUUUGUCAUGAAGCUUCUAUAUUCAGUUGUUUCAUCGCCACAUUGCCAAAAGAGUGUUUGUUCCUUUAUGUUCUUCAUUUUCGCAUCUCAACAUUUGGCCUUUAUUUUAUUAUGCUUUUAUUUCUAACCCCAGUCAUCCGUUGGGACAUAAGGGUGGGCAUAAUCUGAGCCUUCCCGCCAAUAAGAAAAAUACUUGUUAGUGUUGAAUAUUUUUGUGGCGAAACAUUUAUUUUGAAGAAAUGACGAACCCUCCGAAAGCGCAUCCACAAUGUGUGUGUGUCCCCCCCCCCCCCCCCGUGAUCGUAGUCUCGCUCCUGAGCCCACAAUCUUUUGUUCAACUCUCUCAAGAAAAAAUAGGAUGUGAAAGCCAUGCCUGCCUGUUCAAAUUGCUUUAUACAUACGUCUUAUAUAUAUAUAUAAAUAUAUAUAUAUAAAUAUAUAAAAAUGUAGAUAUCUGUCAUUGCAUAUACAAAUACAGAAGAGAUCAAAAAAUAGAUAAUUUUACAGGGUGCUGGAGAAGAGAAAAACAUUUAAAAAAUCUAUUUUUGGCAAUUUUAGCUUUUGAUACUUUACUUGCAGUUACAAAAUCCGAAAAAAUAAAAUAAAAAAAUAGUGUAGGGGGAAAACAGAAAAAUGGAGUGGGUGAGGAAAAAAAACCUGUUACUUGGAUAUGAUUGGAGAGGAAGACGAAAACCAAAACAGUCAUAACCGUUGAAAGGUUAGCGAGAAUCAGAACGAGACCCCUGGAGAGAGUUUUAAAAAGAUCAAAUCAAAGUGCCUUAUCAACAGUGGUUUCUGUUUCCUGAGUAUUCCAGUUGUGUUCAAUAAUAUCCAGCACCCACGAGACGGCGCAGAGAGGAUGGCUAGUGUUACACGCUCUGAAUAGUCGAGCAGGGUAGCUCCCACCGUACCGUGGCGCUACCCGACUUAUUCUAUGCAAAAAGAUUAGCAGUCGUUUUGACCAGCUAAAAAAUGUGCCAUGGUUUUGUCUUCCUGAAAUAAUUUUUUUGUUUUCCUUUUACUUGAUGGCCCUUUACUCUGCUGUAUGUGCAGGUUUUGUUCUCUUUUUAUUUAGAUUUUAAUGAUCAUAUUGUCUUGAUUUUUGGUGACUGUGACUAACUUCCUAGAACAAAUCGAACUGCCAAUAGCAAGCAGUCGUCUGCCAGAACAUGUUUUGAUCAUGAGCCGAGGAAAAUACAUAACGUUCAAGGUAAUGGAAAGGAGGGAGUGUUUCCCCGUUGUUUCAACAGCCGAAAACUGAAAGCAUCCAGUCCGUAUCUCCGCAUGUCAAUUUGACAACAAACUAUCAAUACAAUCACGAGAUUUAUAAUGGACGAGUGAGAUGCUGCAUAAUGAAACGAGCAACUCCAUUUCACAGCCAAAUAGUUUUCAGUUAUUGAAACAACUGACAGUUUAUUGCUGGAAGGUGAAAUAAACUCAUAAUAUAAAAUCGAGGAGUUUUCAGAUCCCAAUAUUACCCGUGGCAGUUGGUUUUUCUACUCAUAGCUCUUUCAUCAAGCUGUUACACCGAAAGGUCAAUGGAUUAUUCUUUUUCAGUGUUAUUAUUUUAAAUUGAAAUGCAAUAUUAAAGUGGAGCAAGUGAUGGCUAUUCAGCAUUUGACAGUAUUAAAAAAAAUUCCCUCUGCAAUGUUACAACUUGCUGUGUCAUUGUGAAAGGCUGGAUAAGUCCAUCAGGUGAAAGGUGAACUCUAUACCUACCGUAUCUCUCUGGCCUGCCUACUACAUGUAUAAUAAUGUAAUUAACAGCCAUUGUUACAGGUUUAUAAUGUAUUUUUCUAAUCUCAUUUUAUAUGUAUAUUAAUCAUGUUUCUGAGUGCUUUUUUUUUUUUUUAUGAAACCCACUGCAGCUUUUUUCUUCCCUAAACAUCCCCUCUCUUCCUCCCCUCCCCCUUCCUUCUACAUCUUGAAAACUGUCUCUUGUGGGGAGUGUUGCCUUUUCCCUGUUAUAUUUGGUUUUGUUUUCUUGCCAAUUCCCAGCUUGUUUAACUCAUUAGCUACUUUAUUAGUUUCUUGUCAUAAGUAUUUUUACAUGCUUGCAUUUAGUUUUCAUGGUGUAUGCUGUUAUUUUUCUUAUUAACCUCUUGGCAUUUAUUUUAAUAAAACAUUCUUAGUAAGAAUUUUACUAACUUGCUGAUAUUUUGUCUUGUGUUUUUAACCAGUUUCAUGAAUGUAUUACCUUGGUCUGGUUCACGGACUAACACAUUAAACCUGGUGUCUGGCCACCACUGACACUGACUGAUUGACACGCACAAUACAUAAAGUCAACUGUGCACAUAUGCUCUACACACACACAUGCACACACAACCUAACUGGAAACUGCACGAGUUGAUAAGCGUCCUCACUCCCGCUCACGCACUCUCACCUCCGCUGGAGAAAUCUGCUGACACUCUUCAUACUUCCCGCUCAGUCACACCGCUGCUGUGUGACUCUCUUGUUAGUUGUCCUGUCUUUCUGUGUCACUGACCCCGUGAGACCACAGGAAGUGUCGCAGUGUCUGGGAGGGGGGGGGGGGGGGCGGGGUUUAAACCGCACAUUAUUUAAGUUCAAUGGUUAUCUUCUGGGUCAGCUCAACAAAGCACAUCAGGAUUAAAAUGGCGAUUUGUCUGCACACAAAUUGUCCACUAGUGUCCUCUAACUCUAAGCAUUAAUCUGUGCAGGGCUCGUUCUAAUCUGUGCUGCAUAUUAGUCAUCUCGUAAGGAUUAAUUUAACUGUGAAUUAUGUAUAGAGCCUCUCAUGAGCACAUGUAGAUUUAGUGAGUUAUUUGCAACAGACACAUUGAUGAGUUGUGUGAUAGCCUAAAGCUGUCCCCAGUCUUUUCUCUCCAUGGCUUGUUAUGCCUGGAUAGCAGCAUUACAGUUAUCACCAGCUGUUGCCUGUUUGGUGAGCACUUCUCUCCAUUCAGCUUAUUGAUAGAAUGGCUAAUACUGGGCCAUUUGGGAGCAUCCAUAAUGCUUACACACACCAGUACACCAUGCCAAUAUGAAGUACUUUGGGAUCAAACAACCUUCCUCUUCCUUCCAGUGUAAAAUGCCGAUACGGAUUUCCACUAGCUAGUAUUUAUUGUUUUCCGUCUGAAACACUGCCAGUGUGUGUUGUUCAUUCUUCUCCUGUGUCAGUGCUCUCGUCCCUGGGUUCACUCAGCUCUCUUGUCUCUAUUCAGCUUUUCCCCCCUCCUCCACUAAUUCAAGGUAUUGACACUGACACACAAGCAAAAGAUUAACUUCAUUAAUCCCUAUUAUGACUUUAACCCACUGAGUGAUGCCUCCAGAUGUAUUUCUUUGUUUUUUCCUCCUUUUUAAAUCUGCACAACAAAAAACAACUUGGCCUUAACUGCUGCAAUUCUCUUCAUGUCUCAGCAAGCAAAGAACAAGGAUUAAAAGUGUUUUACAUCAAAUUUAACAUUUCUCUCCUCUCUGAAAUUAACAUAUUUGUGGCUUUGAUCUGAAAGCGGGUGUUUCCCCCUUUAGCACCUGCUUGAACGCCAGCAAGUAGAGACAGAGAUUGGAUUACUGGCAGCCAGCCUAAAUAGUUUUUUUCUCCUUUAUACAUCUGGUGUUGUCAGCCUAAAGCUUUUUUUAUUUUAUUAAUGUAGGAUUGGCCUUUAAUGUUUUUGAUCGGCUCCCCUGUGCCGUAAGCAACUCAGGCUAAAAUCCGUCCAUUAAAUCCUUCAAUACAGUAUUUAUGCUGUCAAAAGCCUCGCCUUUUAUAUGUCAGAGGUUUAAAGGCCUCAACCACCAAGCUGAUGACAAAUACGAUAAGUUGAGCUUUUAUAAAGAGCACAAAUACUGCCUUAAAUAUCGCAUCUGUGAUUAAAAAGUGCCUUUUUCCCUAUGAUUGGAAACUAUAUAUUUUUGUACUUUAUCAAGUGCCAAUUAUGUCUUCCCUUUAUCUCGCCAAAAGCUUUUUGUGAAGCGUUAAAAAAAAAAACGAAACGCCCACGUAAUUAGCAUAAUGCACAAUACUUUUUAAAAUCCAAACUGGGAAAGUUUGACCAAGCAUUGGAAACUCAGAUGUUUCCCACCAUUAAACGUUGGCUUAAUGGAUCCUGUUUUUUGAAUCUGAUCACCUGAGAACUGUUCGUCCAAUAGGAUCGCAGUAUGCAGUGAGCCUGUCUGCAUACUGCUGCUCUCUGUCGCAGGGCAUUCAGUGCAUUUAUCUACUAACUACCUUCUCACCUGUCAAUCUUUUAUUUUUCUUCUGUUCUGUUUAACAAACAUUCCUCCAAUGAGUUAAACGGCAGGUUAACCAAUCAGCAUUGGUCUCAGAGAUUUAGCACUCAGGUGAUUAAAGGGCAAAUGCUACCAAAAUACAGAAUUAUUUUUUAGCCCCACUGGAUUUUUGUGUUUUUCUUUAUUUUUUUGACUGUGAUAAGUAUGCAUUAAAAAGUAUAAUACAUUUUUUCCUAAAAUUAUACUAGUAUGGUAUAUAUUGUAAGUUCCUCAUCCAUAUAGUGGUGCACUAAAAUCUGUGAGAUAUUUUCUUUUUUGUGGAGUUGUAAGUUUUUAUGUGAAGUAGCCUUUAUUUUGUUUUGUGUUACCUUGUUUUUAUAGAGGGUUAGACUGAGAAUUUUGAGUAGGGUGUAAAACAUGUAAUGCCAGUUUUUGUUGCUCACACCAAAAGAAAAGGAAAACAUGUCAUGUGUGCAAUAAAGAACCAUAUUUACAAGCUUC